UUGAAUUUGUCUCUGAAGUCAUGUUCCCUUAUGCUCGGUCAAAGUUUCUAUCCUUCCUUAUAGAAAAUUAUAAUAGUAACCCUCUGGUAAAACUUUACACAGACGAUCUUGCUCGCUUUGUUAAUAAUGAAAUUGAAAAUAAUCGCUGGGAAAAGCAAUUUUAUGUGUGCUCCAGUUCUCCGUUGGAACAGUACUUGAAGGCCAUCUUUAAAAACCUCGAGAAGAUGAUGCUAUCUAACGUGAAAGACCAAACUCUUAAAAAUCUUCAAGGUUUAGUAUGGAAGCGAGGAUUCGAGGUUGGGGAUUUGAGUUGCCCGUUGUUCGAGGAUGUUCCUGAGGCGCUGAGGAGAUGGCGCUCGAAAGGCAUCAAAGUCUAUAUGUACUCCAGCGGCUCCCGAUAUGCACAGAAACUUUUAUUGUCGCACUCCAUGCAAGGAGACGUUUCUUUAUGCAUUGAUGGUUAUUUUGAUGUUAUUAAUUCCGGCUUAAAAACCGAGAAGUCGAGUUUCUUCGACAUAGCACUUACGCUUGGUUUGUAUGAUAAACCUUCGAGCAUAUUAUUCUAUACAGACACGCUUUCUGAGUAUUAUGCAGCGACUGAGGCAGGUUGGCAGGCGCGGUGGAUCUAUAGACUCGGAAAUAAACGCGAAGAAAAUUCCCCAAACAGACCUUCUCAAGUCGAGUCUUUGGAUUAUUGAAAAGUUGAUGUGCUUCCAAUUAAUUUAUUUAGUUGUGCUCAGUUUGUUUAUAGUAAUUUUCAUCUUAAAAUGGGAAGACAGUAAAAAUUUU